UGAUAGGAAGAGGUUUUCCAUCCUUAUAAAGAAUGUUUCAUUCUCCUCCCCCAAACGUGGGAUCGUACGACAGCAUUGCAAACUAAACUAUGUAUCCCCUUUUUAAGCAUUUUAAAUUUUGCACACUUUAAAAGCUUUGGUUAAAGUGGGAUAUCGUGUUGGGAAUAUGGUAUAAAUGUAUAUCAAUCAAUCAUCAGAUGUUUGUGUGCAGUAAAAGUUGAGGAUACGGUUCUCUUUAUCUAAGCUAUCUCAGGCUCUUUUUGCGAAUGCAGGCUAACUGUUCGACGUAAGUCCAUAGGCCUUUUACAUUAGUUUUUUGAGUGAAUAAAGAAACAAUUGUGACAGGACCUGAGUUUAUUCCGGGGAAUGAAGAAAAGAGGCCAUAACUUUUAGCAAAAUAAGGUGACAUUCUUUUUACUACUUGCUUGCUUAGUUCUGUUCAAGAUUUGUUACUUUACUUUCUGAUAAAGUCGAUGAAGAACAGAGAUGAGUAGCCAUUGCAAUCAUGAACACAGCCGCUGAGAAACAAAUGCACCAUCGGCCUUGUAAUGGGGUCCUUUCUUUUUAUAUAUGUUUGUGGAAUUCGUGCACUCUUUUUGGCUUUCACUUUCCUCGAUAAAGUAACAGAAUCUCCAUACCUCUAUUUCAUCAUUCUCUGUUAAAUACCCCAAAUGAGGCUCGCUUGUUGCCUCAGGAGCUCACUGAAGGAACAAGUGGUCAUGGUCAUCUCUCUUAACUCAGACAGUGAAAUGAGUUCAUGUUUGGCUAGAUGUUCAUCAACUCGGCUGGAGAACAUAGAUGAAAAUAGCCCUGCAAAUUGGUUGCCGGGUUCGUUUGUUCUACCUGAAACUCCAAUUGAGUCCAUGGAAUUUCUUGGCAGAUCUUGGAGCCUGUCUGCCAAAGAGCUCUCUAAGGCUCUUUCCACUGCCCAUGAUACUCCUAGUCGUCUUCAGAACUCAGUGAUUGGCUUUCUUAGUGCUGAUGCACAUGAUUCAAAUUCUUCAGUCUUGAGUGAGCCACUACUUCGGCGCUUACCCAGUGGAGAUAGUCCUCCAGCUUCACCAAGAGGAAGUGAAGAAAUGAAGGAACUUUUGUUACUUCACCAAGCAUUGAAUCCAGAUUUCCUUUCCAACCAGCAACUACUUGGAAAUGGGCUAUACAAGAGCAUAUUAAGAGGUAAUAAAACAUUGGGAAGGUGGAUGAAGGAUCAAAAGGAGAGGAAGAAGCAGGAAAUCAGAUCACAGAAUGCUCAAUUACAUGCAGCUGUGUCUGUAGCAGGUGUUGCUGCUUCAGUAGCAGCAUUCAUUGCAUCACUCUUAUCUUGUGAAACAUCAUCGGGUAAUCACAAAUGGCCUUCAAAGACAUCAUCAGCCAUGGCUUCUGCAGCUGCCCUUGUCGCAUCUCAUUGCAUAGAGAUGGCAGAGGAAAUGGGAGCUAGCCAUGAACAUAUCUUGAAUGUAGUUAACUCUGCAAUCAAUGCUAGAACUAAUGGAGAUAUCAUGACCCUAACAGCAGGAGCAGCUACAGCUUUAAGAGGAGCUGCAACCUUAAGGUCAAGGCUUGAAAAAGGGUUGGGAGGCACAAACUUUGGAGUGGGUGAGGAUAAAGUUGAAGAAGAAGGGAAAGAAUCAAACAUGUUGAUAGCAAUCAACCAUGUUUCCAGGGGAGGAGAGCUUCUCAAACGCACAAGGAAAGGGGUUCUCCACUGGAAGCAAGUUUCUUUCAACAUAAAUUCAAACUGGCAGGUUGUGGCAAAAUUGAAAAGCAGGCAUAUGGCAGCAACAUUUACAAAGAACAAAAAAUGCGUAAUCUCGGGUGUGAACUGCAACGUUACGGCAUGGCCGGGGCGGGAAAGGGAGACGGAUAGCGAGCCAAGGGCUUACUUUGGCAUUGUAACAACAGAUAGAACAAUAGAAUUUGAAUGCAGUGGGAAAGGAGAAAAACAGAUGUGGGUUGAGGGGAUUCAAUAUAUGAUCAACUUUCGUGCCCACUUGAAAUGAUUCCGACCGCUCUUGCCCUCAA